GCUUCUAUCCACUGACAGUCUUCACCCGACUGUCUCUCACUCCCUCUCACAUACUUACACUUAUAUAUAUGUAUUUACAUCUCCCUCAAUAAAAUAAAAUAUAUAUGUAUUUACAUCUCUGUUGAAAGAGAGAUUUCAUCAAGCUUUUUAAAAAUGGCGACGCGCUUUGCAAUCUGCCUCUGCGCAAUUGCGCUUUUUCAGUCAUGCCUGCUUCCGAUUCUCGCCAAGCAGACCUACAUUGUGCACAUGAAGCACCACCUGAAGCCGGCAGCCUACGCCACCCACGGCGACUGGUACUCCGACCACCUGCAGGCCAUCACCUCCGACGACGCCGCCGCCGAUUCAAUCCUCUACACCUACGACUCCGCCUACCACGGCUUCGCCGCCGCCCUCUCGCCGGAGGAUGCCGAGUCGCUCCGCCAGUCGGACGCCGUGCUCGGAGUGUACGAGGACACCGUGUACACGCUCCACACCACCCGAACCCCGGAGUUCCUCGGCCUCGAGGCGGUGGCCGGGAAGUGGGCCGGCCACAGCCUCCAGGAGCUCAACCAGGCAUCACAGGAUGUCAUUGUCGGCAUCCUGGACACCGGCGUCUGGCCGGAGUCCAAGUCGUUUGCCGACGUCGGGAUGCCCGAUAUCCCCACGCGGUGGCGCGGGGAGUGCGAGGCGGCGGCGGACUUCAAUCCUAAGAUCCACUGCAAUAAGAAGCUAAUCGGCGCCAGAUUCUUCUCCCGAGGUUACAACAUGAUGGCGUCGUCCGGCGGGGAGAAGGAAACGCAGUCGCCGCGCGACAACGACGGCCACGGCACGCACACGGCCAGCACCGCCGCCGGAUCUCCGGUUGCGAACGCCAGCCUGUUGGGGUACGCCAGCGGAAACGCCCGCGGGAUGGCGCCGCACGCGAGGGUGGCUGCUUACCGAGUGUGCUGGUCCUCGGGCUGUCUCGGUUCGGAUAUACUCGCCGCGAUGGACCGCGCCAUCCUCGAUGGUGUCGAUGUCUUGUCUUUAUCGCUCGGCGGCGGAUCUGCGCCGUAUCCUCGCGAUACCAUCGCUAUUGGCGCGUUUGCGGCAAUGGAGAGAGGGAUUUUCGUAUCCUGCUCAGCGGGGAACAGCGGGCCGGCCAAGGCUUCGUUGGCUAAUGUGGCGCCGUGGAUAAUGACGGUUGGGGCGGGCACCAUAGAUAGGGAUUUUCCGGCGUAUGCUACCUUGGGCGACGGCCGGAAAUUCACUGGCGUGUCUCUUUACAGUGGGGGUGGGAUGGGGAGCAAGUUGGUUGAAUUGGUUUACAAUAAGGGCAGCAACAGCUCUGCUAAUCUGUGCAUGGCUGGUUCGCUCGACCCGGUGGCGGUGCGUGGGAAGGUGGUGGUGUGUGACAGAGGGAUCAGCGCGAGGGUGGAGAAGGGCGCGGUGGUGAAGGAAGCUGGUGGAAUCGGGAUGAUUCUGGCGAACACGGCCGCGAGCGGGGAGGAGCUGGUGGCGGACAGUCACCUACUGCCGGCGGUGGCGGUGGGGAAGAAGAUGGGCGACGUGAUUCGGCAAUACUUGAAGACCGCGAGAAAGCCGACGGCGGCGCUGAGCUUCGGAGGUACGGUGGUGAACGUGAAGCCGUCGCCGGUGGUGGCGGCGUUCAGCUCUCGGGGCCCGAACAUGGUGACGCCGCAGAUCCUGAAGCCCGACGUGAUCGGGCCGGGCGUGAACAUCCUGGCCGCGUGGUCGCAGGCCGUGGGCCCCACUGGCCUCGAGAAGGACACUCGCAAGACUCAAUUCAACAUCAUGUCUGGCACAUCCAUGUCCUGCCCUCACAUAAGCGGCUUAGCAGCUCUGCUGAAGGCGGCUCACCCGGCGUGGAGCCCGAGCGCGAUCAAGUCGGCCUUGAUGACGACGGCCUACACGGUCGACAACUCGGACUCGCCCCUCCGCGACGCAGCUGACUACUCGCUCUCCACGGCGUGGGCGCACGGAGCUGGCCACGUCGACCCCCAGAAGGCGCUCUCGCCGGGGCUCGUGUACGACGCCUCCCCGGACGACUAUGUGGCGUUCCUGUGCUCGUUGGACUACACGGUCGAGAUGAUCCAGGUGGUCGUGAAGCGCCCCAACGUGACGUGCGCGAGGAAGUUCCGAGACCCCGGCCAGCUCAACUACCCGUCAUUCUCCGUGCUAUUCGGGAAGUCUAGGGUUGUGCGGUACAGCCGGGAGCUGACCAAUGUGGACGAGGUUGCCGGGUCCGUGUACAAGGUCUCGGUCGAAGCGCCUAAAAAUGUAGUGGUCACCGUGAAGCCCUCGACCCUCACCUUCCAGAAGGUGGGUGACAAGCAACACUACACGGUGACCUUCGUGUCGGCCAAGGGCGCUGGCGCUCCGAGGAACGAGUUUGGCUCGAUUACUUGGAAGAACGAGCAGCAUCAAGUGAGGAGCCCCGUUUCCUACUCGUGGGCACGGGUCUGAGAGUGAGGAGGAUGUUCUCCGACGAGGGACCGCAUCGGCCGAUCAUCCUUUAGCAAUAUCGCAAAAACAAGCGUGGUCGGGAAAAAGAAAAAAAAAGAAGCAAAAGAUAGAUGGAUGGAUGAUGAUACGGCGGCUUAGGAGGGUGAUUUCGUGUGUUAAUGUAACCUUUGGCAAAAGCUGCCUACUGGUUUGUUUUAUGGGAUUUUAACUACGUUUCAAUAUAUUAACCAUGCCUUCAAAUUGCAA